UAGUCGAUACAUAUAUAAAUAGAUAAGCAGAUAAAUUUAAAUAAGGAUAACCGUCCGCGUGUUUGGCAUUCUUGCGGAGCAAAGGUGGCUUUGGCUUUCUUGCGGUAUUUCUUCUUCCAAUUAUAGCAUCUGAAAGCAAAUUGUCUCCGACGAACCUCUACCACCAGCAGUGAUGGAUUCUGGCGAUCCUCAACAGGCUUUUUGAUUCGUUAAUCUGCCAUGAUCUGAAUCAUUUUCGCUUUGUCGUCCUUUUUUCUCUAAUGCAUCCCUUCUGCUGUGUCUCGACAGUUUCCGAACGAAAUACGGCGGCGCCGUCAUCGGCAUCGUCGUCUUCAUUGACAGAGUUUCUAGACAUGCCUUCACAUCAACCAACAUCGACGAACGCCACACCAAGAUCUGAUUUAACGAAUCGCCACCGUGAAUCUCCUGUCGAUAUUAGUAGCAGCAAUAGCCACAAUUCCAAUGGCGGGUUUAGGAACAACAACCAUAAUAACGGGGGUGGUGAUUUCGGCCGGUUGAGUAUGAGGUCUGGUGGUCCUCCGUCGAUGGAGUUGUUGUCGAGGCUUUCGUCGUUACACGAUACACAACUUUUAUCGGCCGAUCACAGAGAUUGUGUGAAGAUCAACGAUAUAGUUGGGAACGGCAUCUGUGGAAUUCUUUAUAAGUGGGUGAAUUAUGGUAAAGGUUGGAGGCCACGGUGGUUUGUUCUUCAAGAUGGUGUUUUGUCUUAUUACAAGAUCCAUGGACCUGACAAGAUCAUUGUCAACCAAGAAACUGAGAAAGGAUCGAAGAUCAUUGGAGAAGAAUCGGUCCGUCGGAUCAGUCGCCGUAAGAAUGGCCAAUCACAACUUCGCCGGAAGCCAUUCGGUGAAAUUCACCUCAAGAUUUCGUCGAUCCGCGAAAGCAAAUCGGAUGACAAGAGAUUCUCCAUCUUUACUGGCACAAAAAGGCUGCAUUUGAGGGCCGAUACGAGGGACGAUCGAACUGCUUGGAUGGAAGCAUUGCAGGCUGUAAAGGAUUUGUUUCCAAGGAUGUCGAACAGCGAGUUAAUGGCUCCUAUGGAGAAUGUUGUCGUCUCAACAGAGAAGUUGAGGCAGAGGCUGUUGGAUGAGGGCGUCAGCGAGGCGGCAAUUCAGGACACCGAGCAGAUCAUGAGGAGUGAAUUCUCGGCGCUUCAGAACCAGCUAAUGCUUCUCAAACAGAAACAGUUUCUCCUCUUCGACACACUGCGGCAGUUAGAGACAGAAAAAGUUGAUUUGGAGAAUACACUGGUUGAUGAGAGCCAAAGACAGUUGAAAGAGCAAGGAGCUUCUUCAAGGUCAAGGCAAGAUAAAUACAGUGAAGCAAGUGCUAGUGAAUCUGAAGAUGAUAAUGAAAGGCAGGAUGCUGCUGAGGAAGAAACAGAUGAUGAUGACAACACCUUCUUUGAUACACGGGAUUUUCUCUCAUCAAGUUCUUUUAACAGUGGAUCGGAUAUUCGGAGGUCAUCAUUUGAUUCUGAUGAUGAACUUUAUGCUGUUGAUUUGGAGGAUGGUGUCGAUCCCUCAAUUAAGUCUAUUGGAACUAACUAUCCACAUGUUAGGCGGCGCAAGAAGUUGCCUGAUCCAGUUGAAAAAGAGAAAGGAAUCAGUCUCUGGUCAAUGAUUAAAGAUAAUAUCGGAAAGGAUCUCACCAAAGUUUGUCUUCCAGUUUAUUUUAAUGAGCCAUUGUCUUCUUUACAAAAAUGUUUUGAAGAUCUGGAAUAUUCGUACCUUCUCGAUCGGGCUAAUGAAUGGGGUAAGAGGGGAAAUAGCCUGAUGAGGAUUCUUAAUGUAGCAGCAUUUGCUGUUUCUGGAUAUGCUUCAACUGAUGGAAGACAUUGCAAACCCUUCAAUCCACUUUUAGGGGAGACAUAUGAGGCUGAUUUUCCAGAUAAAGGCCUUCGUUUUAUCUCAGAAAAGGUAAGUCAUCACCCUAUGAUCGUUGCAUGCCAUUGUGAGGGCACAGGAUGGAAAUUCUGGGCAGAUAGCAAUCUAAAAAGUAAAUUCUGGGGUCGUUCAAUUCAGCUCGAUCCUGUUGGUGUUCUCACUCUUGAGUUUGAUGAUGGAGAAGUUUUUCAGUGGAGCAAGGUGACUACAUCAAUUUACAAUCUUAUACUGGGAAAGCUCUACUGCGAUCACUAUGGUACAAUGCGUAUUCAGGGAAAUCGUGACUACUCAUGUAAACUAAAAUUCAAGGAGCAGUCUAUUAUAGACCGAAAUCCUCAUCAGGUACAAGGUAUUGUACAGGAUAAGAAUGGAAAAACUGUAGCCACUUUAUUUGGAAAAUGGGAUGAGAGCAUGCAUUAUGUUAAUGGAGACUGUCCUGGGAAGGGAAAAGGAUCAGAACCUUUGUCCCCAUCUCACUGUCUGUGGAAGAGAAGCAAACCAUCCAAUUUCCCCACCAGAUAUAACUUGACACGCUUUGCAAUUACAUUGAAUGAGCUUACUGCUGGAUUACAGGAGAAGUUGCCACCAACAGAUUCAAGGCUCAGACCUGAUCAAAGGUGCCUUGAAAAUGGUGAGUACGAAAUGGCCAAUGCAGAGAAGCUGCGUUUAGAGCAGAGGCAACGGCAGGCACGAAAGAUGCAAGAGAGAGGCUGGAAGCCACAGUGGUUUGCCAAGGAUAAAGGAAGUGAUACGUACCACUAUAUUGGUGGGUACUGGGAGGCUAGAGGACAAGAAAAUUGGGAAUCUUGUCCUGAUAUCUUUGGCCAAGUCCCAGCAGAUCCAGCAUCAGAUUGAGAUAUGUUUCAUUUGCAAGGUGCCUUCUAUUUUCUUGUUAUAUUUUUUCAACUACUGAGUUGUCUACUGCCAUUUUCAAGUAAUUGAAGUGUCAUCUGGCUUGCAUUUUAUAUAGUCUAGAUUAAGGUAUUCGUCAACAAACAAAAGUGAAGCAAAUUAUACAAAAUUUUCAUGUAAGGAUGUCGAUUCCGAGCCUGC